AUGGAGCUGAGGCCUGAUGCCAGACACAAGGAGAACGUGCCCCCCAGGCCUGCGACCCCCCUGAGGCCAGGCAAGAGGCUUAAGCCACGGAGACUCCUGGCGACACAGAGCCUGGAUGUUGUGCUGGGCCGGUGGGUGCCCAGGGGCCAGGCUGAGAGGGGAGGGCCUGCUGCCCCUGCACCCUCCCUGGGCACAGUGCUUCUCCCGGAUGCCUGCCGAGUCCAGACCAACCUGGCCAGCCCUGGCCCCCGCCUGGGCCGUGCCCUAAAGCCCACAGCUGGUCCUAAUGGGCUCAUCAACUCAAGCUUCCAGCAGCAGAGCAACCUGCAGCCCCUGCGCAACCUCCCCCAGCGAGGAGCUCGAGCGUUGGCCGUCCAGCAGAGUAACCUGGGCAUAGGGGAGGCCAGCUUGGCCGAGUGUGGAAUUCGCAGCAGCCCCCACCUCUGGUCGGAGCCUCCAGAAAGCUUCUGGCCUCACGUGAUGCCCCUAGGAAGUCCCCUACACCGAGGGCCAUCCUCUACCCCAAAGCAGUCCUGGCUGCUGCCCACAGAUGCCCCAUGCCUGGACUUCAGGCCCGCUGCGUGCCAUGCCCCGGUCGAUGGCCACACACAACCAGGCCCCAGCUUCUGGGGUGGCCUGGGGAGCCAAACCUCGGGGCUCAUGGGAGAACCCCUCACCCUGGAGGACCUGGCUGUUCCUGCCAAGAGCCAGGCUCAGGCCCGGUCCCAGGCUGCCAUGUCCCAGCUGCUGGCCUCCCUGCAACGCCUGGAGCACGAGGUGGCCCGCCUCAGGUGCCAGGGGACCCAGGAACCCCCAGUCCCUUUGCAACAAGAGCCUUGGACCAGCGAUGGCCAGGACCUCCCUGCUUGCCCCCAGGCCUACCGUCCUGUUCUUGCUUCCUGGAGCAAGAGGAAGAGGUACCCCCACUGUCUCAGGGGAGCUGUGAAUUUCCCAGGGACCCUAGGGGCCCAGCUUGGGCCCUCAGACUCUCAGGCAGGCAGCAAGCCCUCAUCGCCACCACCAGGGACCACUUCGGAGGUGCUGACUGGGGACUUCCUCAACCCUGAGCAGGAUGUCCUUCCUGCCUGUGCCCUAAGUCCAGGAAGUCUGAAGGAGGAGGAGGGAGCCCGGCCAGUCCUAGCACCUCCUGCUGGAGGAGAGCUCGGAUCCAGCAGGCCCUGCAGCAAUUGGCUCCCUGCCUCCCGAGGUGCCGCGGGAAGGAAUGGGCCAGGCAGGAGCAGAAGGGGGUCCAGAGAGAGACCCUCCAGGGCCAUGCCGAGCACUUGGAGCAUGGGAAGGCCCCCCCAGGCCUGGAGCUCUCCUGCUGCAGAUACAGCCUGGGUGGCCGCACUGGCCCCCCAGCACUAGAGAGCCUGGCUCUGCAGGAACCAAGUGGAAGGGCCGAGAGUGGAUGUGGGCAGCCGGGUGUUUUGGUGGCGGGUGGUGAAGAGAGGAGCCCAGCACCUGGAUCACCUGGCUGACCACCCGAUGGGAGCCCUGAGGAUGUCCCUGAAACAGUGGAUGAGGGUGAAGGGGCUGCAGGCCUCAGGUGGUUCGAAGGUGACUCAGCUGUCCCUCCCCUGGCAGAAGACAGCCCACCUCAGACCCGCCCUCUACCAGGUGCUGCUGCUCUGGAGGGCAAGGCUCCCCCAGCGCCAGCGUGCCGACUCCUUCUUCCAGGGUGCACAGCAGCAGAUGCUAAGUAAGACGCAUUCUGGGGGGUUGGCACUCUGUCAUACAGUGCCAGGACCACCUGGGCCCCAGAACCACUGGCGGCAUACCGAGAGGGGGGGCCUCGCUGGGCUGCAGCCCACUCUGCAGCUCACUGGAGGUGAGGGGCAGAGUCUGGGCUGGGCCAGGGACUCCAGUGCCCCCACCCUCCUGGAGACCCUUCCGCUGAGCUUUCUGUGGGCAAUCGGGUGGUGGCAGUAGGGGCGGUGCCUUCUUCUCUGGCAGGCGCAGGCCCAGCUCCCAGGUGCAGCAAGGUGGCACCAGCGCAUGCUUCAGAGGCGAGUUGUCCUCAGCUGGUACCACUGGGCCACAGCCCCAGAGGCCGGGAGAGAGCUGGUUGCCUGCUGGGCCUGGGAUUGGAGCUGCAGGGCCGCACUGGGCCUGUGGCAGUGGCAGCUGGAGCAGUGGUGGGAGGCAGAGCAGCGGGAGCGGGAGUGGGGUCAGAGACGGACGUGAGAUGCCCUGCAGCACUGGCCGUCCUGUUGGCAGGGGCAGCAGUUCCUGCAUGAACAGUACCGGAGGUGGGUGCAGGUUCACGUUCAGGGCCUGCAAAGAGCCGUGUUCCAGAGCUGGCUGCAGGCAGCAGCUCAGCAGAGAUACAGGGUGGCCCGGCCAGAGCAGCUCCUGCUACAGAACCACCUGCAAGCCUGGUGUGGAUCUGCAAGAAGUGCCGGGAUGCUCCGGGCCCAGUGGCAGGCCUCCCAGGAUGGACUGCAGAGAAAGGCGCUGGGGGCCGCAUUCACCGUGUGGUGGGAGGCCCGAGCAGAAGAGAGAGUUUGGGCCCAGGCCUGGGUGGCCCUGUGCUGGAUACUGUGGGUGCCUGAGUCCCACCUACGUCAGCUCAGCCAAGCCCACGCUGCCCAGAAGCUGAAUGCCAGAUGGGUUCCCGUGGCCCGAGGGCAGCCCCUCACUGUGCUUCCAGCUUGGGCCUUGAGCUUGUCUGGGGCAGGGUAUUUGGUGGCUGGUGCCAGGGCUCAGGACACUAAGGGUGAUAGGGAGAGGCCAUCCUGGGUCCUAGAGGCCUCGGUCUGGUCAGCCUCUAAGGGUCCUGUGCAGCGGGUCACCAUCACCCAGCCCCAGCAGAGCCGCAGCCGCAGGCCACAGGGCAUGGAGCCAAGGCUUGCCGGCCCCACGGGCCCCACGCAGCAUCACGGCCUCGGCGAACAGAGGGAGAGCAGAGAUGCCCUGGGCUCGGAGAUCCUGGAGGAGAGGGCCCAGGCCCAUCGCUCAGCCCUCUCGGAAGGGGUCAUGGUGCCCAUGACUGUCCGGACACACACAGGGUCUCUCCCCCCAGCCGCCAGGUUGUAG